AUGAGGACUUCCGCCCUGCUCUGCGGGCUCGUCCUGCUCUCCGCUUUGCUCCUGGCUGCUAACGCCGUCCCUGACGGUGUUUCUCCUUUGGGGAGCAGGCGGGCUUUAAGCCACAGCAACGACGACAGCAACUACGACUCGUCGUGCCUGGGAAAAUUUAAGACAAGCCAGGCGAAAUGCAGGAGAAAUCACAAGUGCUGCGACUUUAACGACUCGUCGUACGACAGCUACCAGUGCACGCGCAAGAUUGACAGUUGCGAGGCGAAGGCGUACAAGAAAUUCAAGGCGUGCAAGUACGGAGACGCGAAGCCCUCGUCGUCUAACAGCUGUUAUGACUGGUGCAAGUACCCAUCCCCGGUGCCAGUGCCCCAGUUUCCUGCCACCAUGAAGACAUUCGCGCUCCUCUCCGGGUUGGUUCUGCUGUCCGCACUCCUCGCCAUAACUUCCGCUGCGGAGGAGAACACAGUUUCUGCGUUCGAUGCCACUCCAGCUGUGCCUGAGGAGGGAAGCAGGCGCUUACUGACUGCUAAAGCCUCGGGCCCGACCUGCAUGGAGAAAUUCAAGAAAGCGAGCAAGGAGUGCCAGAAGAAUCACAAGUGCGCAUCGGACGACUGCACAAGCAAUACCGAACGAUGCCUCGCCAAGGCGUACAAGCACUACAAGGACUGCAAGUACCCCCCGCCGCCAAAGCCUACCUGCAAGGAGCUGUGCAAGGCGCUUUACGAUCGCUGCAUAGAGUUCCAUCGGGGCAGCUGCGGCGGGAAGUACAACAACUGCAUUCAGAACAAUUGCGAUUAG